AUGGUACAAACACGUAAUGCGACCCUAACUGAUUUGAUGAAAUGUAAAUUAACACAAAAGGGAAUGGAAUAUAGAGGUUCAAUAGCUAAAACUGCUGGUGAUAUUCGGUGUCAAUCUUGGUUUAUACAAGAUCCGGUACACGAGGUUAGCAAAGAUAUAACUGAUAAUGAUUUUCCCGAAAAAUCAAUGAAAACGGCAAAAAAUUACUGUAGAAAUCCAACGGGAGAUAAUAGAGGUCCAUGGUGUUAUACCUUAGAACCUACGCUUAUAGAUGACGAAUGCGAUGUGCCUCUUUGUAAUUUUGGAGAAUGUAGACAAUCAGGACCAGGAGCUGAUUAUGGAGGAACCAAAGAAAUCACUAGAACAAGAAGUAAAUGUAAAACAUGGCAUAAACGACUUCAACUUAAAACUGGAGAAGUUGUAAAAUUCAAAGAAAACCAGUUUCCUGACAAAUCAAUUAAAAACGCUGAAAAUUUUUGUAGAAAUCCUACAGGAGACGUCGGGGGACCAUGGUGUUACGUUGAUGAAGAAAACUUUGAAUACGUUAUAAAAGAAUAUUGUGAUAUUUCAUUUUGCGAUGAUAAAGAUUGUUUGGCAUUUACGAAGAAUUCAUCUGCAUAUAAUAUAUUGGCAAAAUUACACGCACCUAGCGGUAAUAUUACAUUCUGGAUUAAAUUAUGGAAUCCUGAUGAUGAGAAAAUAGCAGAAGCUGCACUAAUUUUUACUCUUUUACCAGUACCAAUUUCUUCAGAAAUCAUAGCUGAAGAAUGGACUGCAGGAGUAGAAAUGAUGUUUUCAAAUUCUGGAAGUCGUCAAACAUUUCCAAAAUAUGAUGAAGAAGAAAUUUUCGAAAGUAGCCCGGAAAUAUUAAUUGGAACAAGAUGGACGGGAAUAUGGGUAACUUGGGGAGGUGGUUUUAUUUCCGCUGGUAUCGAAGGAAAAUCGAAACCCAUAAUCAUGCAAGAAUAUAAAAAAAAACAUGGAAUUACGAGUUUAUAUUUAGAUACAUUUCUAUAUUAUGGUGUUCGAGGAACGAAUGUUUUAUGGAAUACACCAUUUUGUCAAAAACAUUGCGAUUUAUACAUAACUUUUGGAAUUGAUUUUUCAAAAGUUUGGGCUAUGCAGAAACAUAACGAUACAAUUGACGUUCGAUUUUUUGCUCGUGCAAGCGAAAAUAUUCAAAUACGUUUAUAUGAAACACCUGUAUUAGAAUAUCCUUAUGUACACAUAACGUUAGGCAAAGAAGUCUCAACACUUGUAUAUCAAGCAUCAGAGGAAACUUCGAAACUUUAUUUAAAAGAGAUCACAACUUCAGAUAUACUCAAUUUUUGGUCAUGGAGAGAGUUUACCAUCAGUAUUUUUGGAACGCACUUUCACUUAUAUUCGCAUAAACAUAGAGGUGCUAUCGAAUUAAUGUACAUGAACGAAAAUUUUUUUGCCCAUUUGAGAUGGUUCAGUAUUGGAAGCGAAAAUACUAUUGCACAAUGGACACUAUUUUGUUCCCCGGAUAAAUUGGAUGCUGUAGAAGAUCCUUGGCCACCAAAUUGUCUUUCUGAUUUAAAAGAUUACGAUUACAAAGGUACACAGUGGACAAGCAUUAACGAAAUUCCAUGUAUUCCAUGGAUAUCAAAAGACGUUCCAUCAGAAAUUAAGGAUGAUAAAAAAUUCAUCGAUGGGUCCGUUCUGAAGGCUCUUAAUAAAUGUAGAAAUCCCACUCAUGAUCCCAAAGGUCCCUAUUGUUACGCGUACACCCCUUGGGAAAGCGAAACCAUCACGAAACGACAUUGUAAAAUACGAAAAUGUAGAUCGAUAGAAUGUCGAAUGGCAGGAACCGCGAACGAUUACAUGGGAAAACUUAUAAAAACACGUUCAGGACGUACUUGUGUCUCCUGGCCAAUCCCCCCACCGAUGCCCAAAGAGAGUAGGGCCCGUACUAUCAGAUCUGCCAUCGAGAGUCCUCAAGAAUUAAGGUCGUACUAUCACUUACUACAACGCUCUCCACAGCCGCCAAAACGUCCAGGACUUCCCUUUACUCCUAAACUCAUUGGAAUUGCCGGCCAAGAGAUCUUCAAUGACAGCCGUUAUCCGGAUGGAAGUGCAUUGAACGCUAGCAAUUAUUGCAGAAAUCCAUCACGCAAUAUAGGUGGUACUUGGUGUUACACUUUUGAUCCUUUCCUACCACGAGAUCUUUGCAAUGUUAGAGACUGUGAUAAACCAGAAGAGUUUAUAGUUCUUGUCAGAGAGGAUAGCUUGGGUAGACGUUUAUUUAUUUUACCCGAAUAUCGUUCCGAAGGUUUACAUUUUUCUUUGAAAGUUUGGGAACCCGAUGAUCGAGAUACCGUCUCCAUUAUCUUUUUAGCCGAAGAUGGACUUAAAUCGCGUUUUAUUCUGAAAAUAGGAACAUUGGAUAAUGAAAAAGUGCUGCUUUAUUAUCAAUCAGAAACAUCACAUAUUUCCUUAGUCAAAAGGAAAACUUUGCCCCAUUUACUUUACACAGGAAAAUGGAGCAGCUUUAUAAUUCAAAUACCACGAGGAAAAUUUUUAUUAUUUUACGAAGAUGAUCCUACACCUAUAUUUGAAUGGAUUAAUCCUAAUCCCUCUAUUGCUUUUUUACCUAUGUAUUAUUAUUAUGGUACCGAAGUAGGGAAUGCUGUAGGUUUCGCUUUCGAUCGUGAUUUAAAUUGUCAUAUAGAAAACACGAAAACUGAUCGAUACACGAGAAUUUUAUCAUUAUCAACAUGGAUAGAAAAAGAAGUAAUAAUUCCUGAACAUAUAACUUUUCAAAUGCGUGGAGAUGGUGGAGUUCUUAUACCUUUAUAUCAGAUGCCUGCAAUUCCAGGAUACUAUGUACUUAAAAUUAAUAAUCCAGAACGUUGGAUAUGGUUUACAAAAACUACGUUUCCUAAUGUGACAGUUUAUCAUAAACAAAGAGCACAAGUAAAUUUAUUUACAAAAAAUACAUGGACCAAUAUUACAAUAAAAUGGUCUGAACAUAUCAUAGAUAUUUAUUCUAAUUCAACAAAUGUGUUUCAUUAUCAACAUAAAAAUCCUCUCAUAUUUUAUUUCUUUUCUGUCGGAGUUGAACCGCCACAUUGGGUUACUUGGACUGCCAAUUGUAUGCCAAUAGAUAUAGAUGGACCACCAAUUGAUGGAGGUUGGUCAGAAUGGGGACCAUGGGCAUGCAGCGUAAGUUGCAAUGGUGGUACAGGGGUUCGAAAGCGGCGUUGUGAUUCUCCAAAACCUAAUUUUAGGGGUGAACCAUGUGUGGGGCCAAGUAAAAUGAUUGGACGUUGUAAUGAAAUAAUUUGUGGUGAUAUAACCGAAGAUACAAUAACUUUAAUAAAUCGAAGAAUUCGAAAAAAUUAUACAUCUCUUACAGUAAAAGAACACAAUGCAAUUACACUUAAAUCCGACGAGGAUAUUGUUAAAUCUAUCAUUACGGAAUCUCCUCGUUCUGAAUUACAAUGGUCAUUAAAUGGUAUCUUUAUAGAAAUAGAACCCGAUAGAUUGGAAUUGAAAGAUAAUAACAUUGAGAUAAAAAAAGCUGUUUUAAAUGAUUCUGGCGUUUAUGCAAUGACACUGCGUCGAGUUGAUGGAAAAUAUUCGAUCAUCAAAGUUAUAACUUUAGCGGUUAUUCCAGAGAAAGAAAAUUUAAAAGUCAGGGAAACUCUGGACACUACCAUACAAUGUCAUUGUGCUAUCUUAGGACAUAUUUAUUCAGAGCUUCAAGUGAUCUGGCUAAUACGUAAUAAAACGUUUAAAGAUUAUGGAAUUACACUUCCCAUUGCCGCCGAUAUCGAACAACUUACAAAAAUUAAUAAAACAUAUAAUGGAAUGUGGCAAUGCGUCGUGAAGCAAAACGAUUUGAACUUUGAGUGGAUAACAAAUAUGAUUUAUAUUAAAGUUCUAGGACCACCAAAUUGGCGUACAUACUUAAUGGAAGAUGAAGCAACACGUUUCUUUUUUGGUUGGUUACCAAACGAAGAUUAUGUUGUUGUCUUUGUAGUGAUUCUUUUCUUAAUUUUAGUCGGUAUUAUAAUUUUAGGAUCUUAUUACUACAUAAGAAUUCGAGAAAGUGGAAGAAGAAUAAUUGAUUUAACCGACGUAGUCAGAAGUCCAAGACCUACACGAUAUGAACCAUUAUUUAAAAUUCCUACAAUAAUCGUAGAAGAAAUAGAAACUCCUGAAGAACUAGAAACUCCUGAAGAAGAACCGACUACCGAAGAUCAAGUGACUACCGAAGAUCAAGUGACUACUGAAGAUCAAGUGACUACCGAAGAUCAAACUACUACCGAAGUAACUACUGAAGAUCAAACAACUACCGAAACAACUACAGAUCAAGAGCAAAUAAUAAUUACAAGAGCAAAUAAUCGGAGAUAG